AUGUCGAGUAAGGAGCUGUCGGGCAGCCAGGCGUCUCAGUAUGUUGGGCCCUACCGGCUCGAGAAAACGCUUGGGAAGGGCCAGACAGGUCUGGUGAAGCUGGGAGUUCAUUGUAUAACAGGACAGAAGGUGGCCAUAAAGAUUGUAAACAGAGAGAAGUUAUCUGAGUCAGUUCUUAUGAAGGUGGAGAGAGAGAUUGCUAUUCUAAAACUAAUCGAGCACCCUCAUGUUCUUAAGCUGUAUGAUGUCUAUGAGAAUAACAAAUAUCUGUAUCUGGUAUUAGAACAUGUGUCUGGAGGAGAGCUCUUUGACUACCUGGUAAAGAAAGGCAGACUGACGCCUAAAGAGGCCAGAAAAUUCUUCAGACAAAUCAUCUCCGCCCUGGACUUCUGCCACAGUCACUCUAUAUGUCACAGGGAUCUGAAGCCGGAGAACCUGCUGUUAGAUGAGAAGAACAAUAUCAGGAUUGCUGACUUCGGCAUGGCCUCGCUACAGGUGGGCGACAGCCUGCUGGAAACCAGCUGUGGCUCCCCUCACUAUGCUUGUCCUGAAGUGAUCCGAGGGGAGAAGUAUGAUGGACGAAGGGCAGACGUUUGGAGCUGUGGAGUCAUUCUGUUUGCUCUGCUGGUGGGGGCGCUGCCGUUUGACCAUGACAACCUUCGGCAGCUACUGGAGAAAGUAAAGAGUGGAGUGUUCCACAUGCCUCACUUCAUCCCUCCAGACUGUCAGGCUUUGCUCAAAGGCAUGAUCGAAGUCAACCCGGAAAAACGACUCACGCUGGAAACAAUACAGAAGCACCCAUGGUAUCUAGGGGGCAGGAACGAGCCGUGUCCUGAGCAGCCGCCCCCGAGACGCGUGUGCGUGAGGCGGAUCUCGUCUCUGACGGAGCUGGAUCCGGAUGUGCUGGAGAGCAUGCACUCUCUGGGCUGCUUCAGGGACCGCAACAAACUGGCCCGAGACCUGCAGUGUGAAGAAGAGAACCAGGAGAAGAUGAUCUACUAUCUGCUGCUGGACAGAAAAGAACGAUACCCUAGUUGUGAGGAUGAGGAUCUCCCACCCAGAAACGAUAUCGAUCCUCCGCGUAAACGUGUGGACUCACCCAUGUUGACGCGUCACGGUCGUUGUCGACCGGAAAGGAAGAGUUUGGAGGUUCUCAGUGUGACAGAACAGGGUUCACCUACUCCACCUCGCAGGGCACUGGAUACAUCUGCACACAGCCAGAGGUCUCGUUCAGUCAGUGGAGCCUCGACUGGUCUCUCUUCCAGCCCUCUCAGCAGCCCCAGGAGCCCAGUAUUCACCUUCAGCCAAUCAGAAGUCACCUCUGCUUCAACCACCCAAUCCAAAGAACCCAAACCUGGAAGUACCACCACUCCCCGGGCGUCCCAACGAGCGCCUGACCAAAAAACCCAGACUUUGCCCUCCAAGACGCCCUCUGACCGGCCCCACCUCCAGUCAAUGAAGUCCCUCCCCUUGCAAGCUCCACCCUCUCCUUCUCCGUCUCCUUCUCCGCUACUUUCCCCCAUCCCUCGCUUUUUUUUCUUCCCCGCUCCCUCCGUCCUGAAGUCUGUCACUAAGAACAUCUAUCCUAAUUCUGCCCAUGUGUCGCAGGUCACACCCCAGGGCUCCCCGCUCCCUACCCCUUUGGGGACCCCAGUGCAUCAUCCCCAGCACCCCCCUCCCACCCCGCCUUCCUCCUCUUCCUCCUCCUCUUCCUCACGGGCCGAAGGGGGUGGUGGCGUGGGUGGCGGAGGAGGCGGGUCCCUUUCACUGACUCCACCCACCAGCCCGGGUGGCAGCGGUGGGAUGGCCGCCAGCAGUUCUGCCCACUGGAGGACACGCCUCAACUCCUUCAAGAACAACCUGCUGGGGUCGCCACGGUUUCACCGACGCAAGUUACAGGUUCCAACAUCUGAGGACAUGUCCAGCCUAACUCCAGAGUCUAGCCCUGAACUGGCUAAGAGGUCGUGGUUUGGGAACUUCAUCAGUCUGGAGAAGGAAGAGCAAAUCUUUGUGGUCAUCAGAGACAAACCCCUGAGCUCCAUCAAAGCUGACAUCGUCCACGCUUUUCUCUCGAUCCCUUCCCUCAGUCACAGUGUGAUCUCUCAGACGAGUUUCCGUGCAGAGUACAAAUCCUCUGGAGGUCCGUCCGUCUUCCAAAAGCCCGUCAAAUUCCAGGUGGACAUUGCCUUCUCCGAAGGAGAGAGAGAACGAGAACGGGAGAGAGAAAGGGAUCGAGAAAGGGAGGGAAAGAGAGAGACCGGCAUCUACAGCGUCACCUUCACACUUAUAUCUGGUCCUAGUCGCAGAUUUAAGAGAGUGGUGGAGACUAUUCAAGCCCAGCUACUCAGCACACACGAUCAGCCGUCCGUGCAGGCACUAGCUGAUGAGAAGAAUGGGCAGCUCUCCUCUCGUCCCCCAAGCACACCGACCCGUCAGAACUCGCGUCGUUCCGAAGGUGGAGGUGACCGUAGCGACCGAGGGGAGCGAGGGGAGGGAGGGAGCGGAGGGAAUGUUCUACAGCGCAGAGGGUCUGGCAAGGAUAAAACUCGUCUCCUCUCCACCAACGGGACCCAGUCGCAGCCUUGA